GCAAUCUGAGCCGGCACUUGAAUUCUCCUCUCCACAGCCGAGAAGCUGACGCCUUAACCUGGCCGCUUCUCUACCAACUGAGAAAACAGUGAACAAAACCUGGAGAGGAGAGGGUUAGGAGAAAAUUGCAGAAGAGGUGGUAGCUCGUCUCCUUCACCUCGUCAAUGGCUCUCUGCCUCUGCUCGAGGGUUCCGCACUGAACACCACACCUGGAGUUAGAGCGGGCAGAAAGGGGAAGAGAUUAUUUUGGUAUGACUUGUUCUCAGCCCACAGCCAUGAGAAGUGGGUGAUGUCCCAUACUAGGUAUGUGCCCACACCACAAACUCCUCCACCAUGAAACUUCCUCCCCUAGGACCAGCUCCUCCCCUGCCAUACAGCAGCCCAGCUCCAUUAACUGCAGUGGAAUCAUUGACCCUUGCGCACCAGCUGAGGACCUAACCACCAGCAUUUCUUUUGGCUUAAUCUCUACAUCUGCAUGAGGUGGAGUUGCAUGAGAGCACUUCCUUCUCUGCUGCACAACGCUGUCUGUGCAGCUCGGGGGCUCGACGCUGCUCUCAGACAGGAUGCAUUGUGCAGCGAUCUAGGCAAAGAGCGAGGGACAGAAGACCAUAUGCACUAAGGGCAAAGGGAGAAACAAACCUGCUUGAGGAAGUCACCAUCCUGCAUGAGACUGCAAGAGAUGAGCUACAUUUGGAGCACCACACGGAGGGACUCACCCUUGCGGACCGGCCUCUUCUUGUAUCUUGCUGCUCUUCUGCUCCAACAAGCAGACCCCAGAGGGGCCCAGGAACGCUGUCAGGGAGCCACACAAGCGGCAAGGAAGAAGGAGGAAAACGUGGUGGCUGACAUGGACAGCUACAUGGAGAAAGGAUGCUCUGCACAGCAUGGGAAGCUGGUAAGGUUAAAACAGUUAGAACAGAAGCUGACGGAAGUCCGUUUCCGAGAGGACAACUUCACUGUCAUAUGCCCCAACAUCCAGACUUUCGUAUUCAAGAUUAACAAGCUGUUCCGAGGGCUGCAUCUCUCCAGUGAGUUACUAAAGCCCAAGCCCAGAACCCAACACUCCAUGCGUUUCCCAGCUACACUGGCGAAGAAAGGCCGGAGUGGAGCUGCAGAAACGAAACUCGUCUGCAUUUAUCUCAAGACCCCUUGCCUGUUCCAGGACAGGAAGAACAGCUCCCUGCUGAACAAUGACAUCUUAGGGGCCACCCUUGAAAACACCGUCGUCACCGGCCUCAGUGAGCCUGUGGAGAUCCGGUUCUGGCAUAACACCACACUGGAUAACUCAAAUGCGACCUGCGUCUUUUGGGUGGAAGGAUCAGAGAGCGGCAGCCUGGGGAACUGGAGCAGCGCUGGCUGUGAGACCAUCCACGAGGACAAAGUGGUGCUGUGCCUGUGUAAACACCUCACCUACUUUGCCGUGCUGCUGAAAAUCUCCUCAGCGCCCAUAGACGAGGCCAUCCUGGUUCCUCUCACCUACAUCUCCAUGGUCGGCUGCAGUGUCUCGGCCGCUGCCUCGCUUCUCACCAUCCUCCACUACCUCGCCUCCAGGAAAAAGAGCAGAGAUUAUACAACCAAAAUCCACAUGAACCUGCUGGGUGCCCUCUUCUUGCUGAAUGCCUCCUUCCUGCUCAGCGAGCCCCUGGCAUUGGUUCACUCCACAUGGCUCUGCAAAGGCACAGCCGCCUUCCUACACUACUCCCUGCUCUGCUGCUUGACCUGGAUGGCCAUUGAGGGCUUCCACCUCUACCUGCUCUUGAUCAAAGUCUACAACGUGUACAUCAGGAGAUACGUCCUCAAGCUGUGUGCUGUUGGCUGGGGACUGCCAGCGUUAGCUGUGGUUAGCAUUCUCAUCUUCAAGCAAGAGUCAUAUGGGCUGCACAUAAUUGAAACCGACACGGGCUACAACAAUGCAACUAUGUGUUGGAUCACAGAUAAGGCCCGGAAUGUUCAUUACAUCCUCAACCUGGGCUACGCUGGUAUCACCAUAUUCUUCAACACGGUCAUCUUAGUCACCGUCGUGAGGAUGCUGAGGAAACUGAGAUCCGACGUGAACAAUCAGAAAGAACAAGUGAAGAAGGAUCUGGUGACAGUGCUGGGACUGACAUGCCUGCUAGGAAUGACCUGGGCACUGGCCUUCCUCAGUUUCGGUGUCUUCUUGAUUCCUCAGCUCAUCCUCUUCACUAUCAUCAACUCCCUCCUGGGGUUCUUCAUCUGCCUCUGGUACUGCACCAUAUGCCGCCAGCUAGACACCAGCUCCCCCACCAGAAGCUCUCAGGUGACAAAAUAACCAAUAACCCAAAGGGGCACAGCUCACCCGCCCUGGAGCAGAUUCACUUGCUGGAACAGGCCUGCCUCAGUUGGCCCAGGCAGGUCUGCGCUUCUGAUGGGGGAUUUAGCAAGGAGAGAGAGACACUCUUCAGUGCCUUCACACACAAGGCAACAAACAGCGCGACAAUGAGCCUUCAAAGCAGCUUAUGCAGAGUUUGUCAAGUAGGCGAACAGGGCCUGGGGCAUAGCACAGACCAGCAUGUUCUGUACACGAGCGAGACUGAGGGGUAACAGGAAAGUCACUCUCACAGCACAGGGAAUUGCUCUUCCCUAGGAGGCUAUAGGCAGACAAUGCUUGGGGCGUUGAUUCCUCCUGCUCUGCACCUUGUGUCUUUAUUUAUGCCUGAGCACAGUGAGUGCAGAGAGGGUGUACAUCGCUACCGAACCAGACCUCCCCACCCACUCACACCAGCGGUACCGUCGUACAAUUACUUCAGAUGCACACCACAAGGGGCAAAGCAAGGAGAAUCAGAGCCUGUGUGCCUGUCCUCCCCAGGAAGCUAUAAACACCCUGGUUUGGUACAUUUCCUUUUCAAAUCAUGUGAUGAUUCCCCCAUCCCUGUCACUUCACAAUGGAGAGAGAUUCUAUACUCAGCUAACUGCCCUGGCACAGGCCCCUACCAUUAAAUGAGAGGAACUGUUAGCAGUACGGGGCUAAUGACAUACAUCGGAGCAGUUCUGAUUCCCUUCAGUAGAGGGCAGUGGUGUAAGCAGGUUCGUGCACACACCGACUUGCUCACCCCAACACCAAUUCAUUAUGAACAAAUCAGAUCCACCCAAACACCCUGACUUUCGAGGAGACUGAAACCCAAAUCCUAACCCCGCUGCUCAAGCCCAUCUCGGAUUUAAAGAAGACAGGUGAACAAUCGAGGAAAGAGAUGGAAGGAAACUGCAGAAAGGAAAGAACUAGAAAUUGGAGAGGAGGAAUUACAGAGCAGGGCAAUAAAGAAACAGACAUGGUGAAACAGGGAGCACAGGGAAAGGAAAUAACAGCAAAGGGGCUGUGAAUUCCUGGAUGCUGGAGACUAUAUGCGGGACACCAGCCGCCACUGACUGGUCAGCAAAGAGAUCUUAACGCAACGGUAGAUGCUGCAGCUGAGUUCUCUCUCACAGAAAAGUCCACAACCCAGAUGGACUAAACCUGGAACCAAUGUGCUUUUGCUUCUUAAUGACCAUGUGGGGAGUUCAUUGCUCUUUUGUACCUAACCAGAGGCUUCCAUAAAACGGCUUUACAAUGGCACAUCCACCCCACGCCCACCUUCCCUGGCCAAAGCCCAUUCCCAGUGUUGGACCUCGUUGCAUUCAACAGACUGAAGCCAGCCUGCUGGAGUAAUAAAAACAAACAAUUACUCCAGUUUCAGAGUAGCAGCCGUGUUAGUGAGCUGUAGCUCACGAAAGCUUAUGCUCAAAUAAAUUGGUUAGUCUCUAAGGUG